GGCUCACGGACCAGCAAGUUAGGUAGUCCCUCGGACUACCAAACAUACCUUUAUAAAACCCCGGGUACAUUUAAAAAACCCUAACCCUAGCUUGCUUCACUCCUCCAUCCUCACCCAUCUUCCCCAGGCGACGGCGAGCCACGAUCCCGAGCGGGGAUCAAAGAAAGUAGAUUUCCGAAGAGGCAGAGAUAGAGAGAGGGAGAGGUGCUAAAAUGAGCCGAGGGAGCGCAGCAGGUCCCAAGGGGAAGAAGAAGGGAGCGACUUUCACGAUCGAUUGCGCGAAGCCAGUGGAGGACAAGAUCAUGGAUAUCGCGUCCCUCGAGAAAUUCCUGCAGGAGAGGAUCAAGGUCGGCGGCAAGGCCGGAGCUCUCGGCGACACCGUUACGGUUGCCCGCGACAAGAACAAGAUCACCGUCACUUCCGAUGGUGCCUUCUCGAAGCGCUAUUUGAAGUACUUAACAAAGAAGUACUUGAAGAAGCACAACGUGCGGGACUGGCUCCGUGUGAUUUCAUCCAACAAAGAUCGCAAUGUCUACGAGCUGCGCUACUUCAACAUUGCAGAGAAUGAGGGGGAAGAGGAAGACUGAUGGUGAAUUUUGUUUUCUUCUAUCCAAGUUCGCCGUUUGCUUCUUCUGUUUUAGCACUCCUAGUUUCUGGCGAAGAUAUGUUAUCUUUUGUGGGUUGAUGAGGAUUUUUCUUGCUGGUAGCUGGUAUGUGAAUUUUGUGUUUCUUCCUUUGGGAUUCAUGAAAGUCAGAUUUCUAUAGUUUAUUUCGACUCAGUAUAUUGGUUUCAUAUUUAGUGUUCUCUGUACUCUUA